AUGACAGUCCUACCAACAAUCACCUUCGACACAACGCUCGCCGACCUCUACCGCCGCGCAAGCCCCAAGCUGGCAGACAUGCGCAUCGCCCAGGUCUUCUGCCUCGUCCACUCCGGCUCGGAACUCACCACCAACAUCCCGCGCAACGCAAAGUAUCUCUACCAAGACAGCCCCUUCAACGCCGUCCCCAAAGAUCCAUCCUGCAGCAGACCGCCAGGCCACAACGACAACCACCACGACGAUCGGAGCCAGCAUCAGCAAAACCUCGCAGCAAAGUACCUCUCCCUGAUCCCCCAACGAGACGCCUUCAUCAGCGGCGACACACCCGUCAUCCUCUUCCACCUCAGCAACUCGACCAGGCAAAAAUCGCACGAUAGAAGCGAGGCGCAAAAGACCCUCUCCGUCCUCGCAACACCUCAGCGUCCAGACCUCAUCUUCUGCCCCGGCCCCUCCGAGAUCCCCGUCAAGCAAGCCGGCAUCGACCGCAUAGCCUGCAAGUUCGUCCCCGACGGCCUAGAAACCUACAAAAACCUCGUCGUCCCGCCCGAAUUGCAGUGGUUCCUCAACUCCAAGGCCGCGCUCGCGCGAUCGGGCCUCCCGACCCCCAGAUCCGAGAUUAUCGAGCUCGACGGGCUGGCGGGCGACGCGUGGGCGUGCUGCGACGGGUGCGACGGCGUCGACGCCGCCGAGUUCGUCAUCCCGGUGUCUUGCACGGGGCGCCGCGGCAGGUGGUACGAGGAGCAGAACGAGCGGAUCUACGCGGACAUUGCGUCGCACCUCCUCCCCUUCGUCCUCAAGAACCAGCAGACGCUAGGCGGCGCCGGGACCUACAUCAUCAACACUGAGGUCGAGCGCGAAAAGUUGGUCACGGACUUCAGGGACGGUAUCCUGCGCAAGCUGCUCUCUUCAGUGACCGAGUCGAACGCGCAUCUCCGGCCCGCAGCCUUGAUUCUCUCCGACCUGGUCGAGUGUCCCGUUGGGAACUACGGCUUGACGUUCUUCGUCACGGACGACGGAAGUGAUCCGAUAUUCUUGGCUGCGUCGGAGCAGAUGACGGAUGGUCACAGUGCCUGGAUUGGGAGCACGAUCGACUAUCGCCGUCAAGAGCAACUAGAGAAGAGGUUUGGGCCGUUGGUGAAGAAGAUUGCGACCUGGCUGCGCAUGCAUGGGUACGUCGGACCUGCUGGAGCCGACGUCUUGGAGACGGCGCCGGCGACGCCGGCGUCUUCCAAGAUGAACCGCACUACGAACGGCAGUACCAACGGAGCCACCAACGGUUUUCACAAUGGUGGCACCAACGAUGCUUCCGACUUCACGAACCUCCACAUCGUCGACCUCAAUAUCAGGACAUCAGGCUCCAUGUGCCUCCCUCUCUUGAAAACCCACUUCACCAGCCGCGGCCUCUGGAUCGGCUCCUUCUUCUCCAUCAGCUACAAGCAGGGCCGCGACGCCUUCAUCGAGUCCUUCCGAGAGGAGUUUGAGGCUGGGAGGAUGUGCUUGAUCAGUUGGUAUGAGGACCCGGACACAAGCGCCAGUCUGGCUGACGUCGCAGUCGGGGCUGAGGACGCGGAUGGGCUGCGGGGGGCGAUGAGGAGGGUACGGGAUGCGACGGAGGAGGUGACAUUCUAG